AUGGCGACAAUCGAAUAUUGUCUUCGACAUAUGGUUUUGCCACCGAAGCUACCCCAAGAAGAUGAUGUCACAACUGCAAGUGAGCAAUCGCUUCUUCAAGUGACAGUUGCAGCUCUGCAAGAUCUACGAAAUACGCUUAGUACCACGGAGCCGGUCCACGCCCAGAAGUUUGAUCCCGUCAUCACAAUCGUUGAAAACCUUCUUCACAGUCGCAAUGAUGAAGGGUACAUUGCAGAGACUGAGUUGAUCAAGUCCUUACACAAGCUGGCCGCCACUAACAGCCCAGAAACCCUUCCACUGCAUGUGAAGGCACAAAAUGCCGGCAUCCUCGUCAGAAGACUUGGGGACGAUGUCGUCUUUGAAGUUUUCGAGCUGUCUCCCCAGGAUGAACAAGUUACUACUACCAAAGGCCGAUUGGUACGAUCUUUUCCAAGCUACGCCUGCCGAAUUCAUCUAAAAGCCUUCAUCGAAGAGGGCUUGGUGGAAGCUCUAGCUCAUCAUAUCGCGAAAUUGAGUUAUCACGAAGUUUCAGAAUUCCGUUUUGGCAUCGCAAAGGAGAAAGACAACACCGGGCCACCAAACACGGCUCACCCAGGCUUAGUGACAGAAUACCUCGUCAGUGUCUUGGCCGCUCUUGGAAAGUCUGCAAAUGUGAUUACCAUCACGAAAAGUACGCGAGAGGAAGUUAUAUACUCCUCCACCGGAUCACCAUGGCGUCGAUCUCCGUUGUGGCUACUUGUUCGUGUCGCCAUGCAGCUCGAGUUUUUCCGAUCUUCUGGCUCAGGCACGAUUGCACUUGGCCUUUACAAGGCUGCCAUACUCAAUGUACUGGCCAGAGUCCUCAAGGAAGCCGAACACGAAGGGCUCGACCCUGACUUGCUGUAUGUGACCUCCGCAAAGCUGUCCCGUCGCCUUCGGAAGCUGAAGUUCUUGUGGCAAGAUGAUGAGGACCUCUACCACGUGUGCGCGAAUCCAGUCCGAACCAAUUUGAUUGAGGUUCAUCAGAAGAUGGCGGCCUUAUGGAAUGCCAUCAUGGACAGUAGCGACUUCCAUGUCGAUAUUGAUGACUUCCCGAAAGUCCUUCAGACGCUGCAGCCCGCAAACGAUGUUACCAUGAGUUUCAAAUCACUUGAGCUGUUUUUGCGCCAUAUUUCCUCUCGAAAAUCGAAAUCUGAUGCAUCAGAAUUUCAACCCUCGCUAGAAUUAGCGGAUUUCGAUGACGUUGGGCUCGAGUUCGCUUUCGAUGCUACCAGCGAAUAUCGAUACUUCCAGUUAUUCAUGGUUGAGUUGUGGGUGGAGAAGCAUCUUCCGUCUUGGUUAGAGACCCACAAGACGAAGAAGACUUGCGAACGCCUAGCUAGGCUCGUCCAGGAGUAUCAUCGCGCGGCAUACAAUGUGUACUCCGAGUCGAAGUCUCCGAGCGGCUUGUCGGUGAUGCAUAUCACAAUAGCUGAGCUCUGGAAAGCUUGUGAUAUGUGUGCAUGUGCGAUAUACCCUUUACUUCUGUCAUACAGUCCGGAGGUCGAUCUCACCCCACUUCAGUCCCUAUCGCUACCUCUCAGAAGUCAAAUGAAACGUUUGCAGGAACUCGAGCGGUACGUUGAGGCUCGUGAGAAGGGGGUGGAUGCAAGCCUUCCCUCCAUGUUUCGCCACUUUGGUCAUGAGCAGUCAUUCGCUGUGAAGUUUUUCGACAAGUCCACGUCCCUACAAGAGCUACGAGUACGAAUUGACAAAGAGGCGAAGACUAGGAAAGAGAAGAAACUUGACGAGUACGAACGCAAGAAGAAGAAACACGAAGAUAUCAUGAUAGAUGUUCAUAAGAUGAACUGCGAAAACCACGAUGAAGGCCCGGUUGACCGCGGCCAUGGACGCAAGCGCAAGAUGGAAGAUAAUUUCGAAAAUUGCGAGAAGUGUCAAUUGCGCCUUGAGGCGGGAAAGAUCAAGAUUAGCAUUCACGAAAGCCCUCUGAGCUCCAGAGAACCUCUUGCGAAGGCAACAGUAUUUGAGCUUGCGAAACCGGAACCGUUGAGAUUCUGGAUGGAUUUGACGUUCUUUUUUAUGAAGAACGUGUUGCUCUUUACCUACGACAUUGAUGUUCCAGCAACUGCGCCCUAUUCACUCGACAGCUAUGUUGGCAUCCCUGCGACUUUUCGAAAGAUUUCUCAAGACCAGCGCGUCAAGAUUUGUUCUAGCCGACAAUCCGCUCAUGGGAAGCAGCGGCAUAUCCGGCCUAACGUAGCUUACUUGACACCCGAAGAUGUCUGUGUUCAGAAUGAACUCGAUUACCGAUAUUAUGAAAUGUCCGACAAAGACGCAGACCAAGAUGCCGAUGGCGAUAAAGACUCCGACCAAGAUCCUGACAAAAAUACCAAAAAGGUUCGCGUCAAAAAGUUCCUCAUGAAGAAGCUAAGGAUGACGGACGAAGUUCAGAAGAAAUGCACAUACCAGGUUCCUCGCAGAUCAUCACAGCUGCAACAGUAUCUCACUCUUACCUCACCACCCGUAAAGCCCAAUUCCGUUGCGGCUUCUGUUUCCAAAUGCCCCCUACAUCUAACUUUUGACGAGUACAAAGCCCUCAGUCUCCUUCCAGUUGGACACAAAAUCCAAUACGUCAAUAUUCUGACACAGCUUCGUUCACCAACGCUGGAUUUCGCGAAGGCCGAGGCGCAUUGCAUUCUUCAGCAGACUCUUCAUAUUGCGGGUCCACCAGAAGCAGCCCGGGCGAUUGGGCGUGAGAUCCAUUGCAUCCUGCACGAUGACACAUUUGCUCAAGCCUUGAUGAAAGAACUCGAUGCUACUCUGAGAAGGACCCAGUCAAAUUGGGAAUCAUGGAGAGUACUAGCUGUGUGUAUACUUCUGGCUCGCAGAGUUCUCACUUUCACCGAGUCGCUCGACAUUCGGUCCUGGUGCUUAGACUACCUGACACAAUCUCGAGAGGUUGGCCUAGGUUGGAUUGAUGGUCUGGAGCAGAGACUACGUACUACCAUAGACGACCGGCGACAAGUUGACUUAUUGUCUAGGCAGACGGACAUUGCGCUCCUAUGCAUUAGCACGUUUGAUGUGGAUGAAAUAUGUCUCAACGACACUCUUCGGCCUCCUGGAGCGUUUACCGACAUCAUCCGGUUGUCUUUGAUUGUGCGCAAGAACAAGGAUACUGUACGCACAAACAAUCACACCGUGUGCACGAAAGAAGAUGCUGUGAUAUCUAAUUAUGAGGAUUUACAUCUGACCGCGCUCCAGUCUUGGAGGAGCAUUCUGUUUCGCACAUCGCCGUUACUGCGAGCCGGCAUCGCUUCUGGAAAAUACCAAACUGAUAUGAACACGGCUAUCGGCUUUGUUCCUUCUGCUGCUUGGAAAAUUCUUCCCGAACCAAAGCACCACUGGGCACACACCAGAAGCGGAUCUGCUGAUGUUUACUUUAACUUCCUCACAGCCGAUUUGAUAAUGGACGGAUUACCGUUAGCCCGUCUUCCGUCACAAUACACCGAACAGGAAACCUAUCAAACGCUCUUCAAAGGGAUGCCCAUUGAAGUCGUCCCCACAAGCGAACCGGGCAUGUCAUUUUCCUCUAAGGACUCUAAGGAAGAAUUCUCUGGCUAUCAACUGAGUUUCGGAAUGGAAGAAAACGGACGGGACAUGCUUGUCGUUGCUUCUCGAGAUGACGAGGAAUUCGAUUUAGUACCACGGAGCGUCUUCGAAGGAAUACUACCACAAGCUUUUGUCGAUGAAUAUGUCCACUGGUACAAUCGCAAAACAGAUAAGAUUGAGUUUAGACCUCUGGAAACCCCGUGGACCUCUUGCGAACACUCGUGGCAGCUCACAGGAUCCGGGUUUGAUUGGCAGCUUGAGAAUUCGACUUCGGUACUUGUAAAUCCCAAAAGUGAGACUGGUACUGUCGUCUCGAAAAUCUUAGCGCCGUUGGAGCAUAAGAUGCACAUUCACACUUGGGUAGAUGUGAUGUCCUCUCGGGUCUCAAUUGGACUCAACAGAUCACAACUUGACUUUUACUUCCAUCCGCAUGGAUCAAAGAUCCACUCCUGUCAGUACCCCGGUAUGGUCAUCGACCCCGAUCAGCGAAUAGGGACUUUGGUAGGCUUAGUGAGCAAACUAGUCUUACAGAAAGAGUGCGAGCCCAAUCACCGAACGAUCUUGAUACCGGAGGGCACAGUCAGCUACUGCAGGAAACGAGACCACAAUCAAGUUUCCAUCGAAGUAUCUCCGAAUUCAAAAAUAACGACGAAGAUACACGAGUACCAUUUCGACCCGAUACUUGCGCGCCUGCAAGACAAUGGGACACUGCAAAGUAAACUUCUGCUGUGCUAUCUGCACGCCCUUACAUCUCACUGCAUUGUGGACCGCGCAACUGGCUUCACGGGUACGGAAGCCGCCUUGCUGAUCUUACGCUCAGCUGCAGUGUCUUCCUUCGGAAUAUUCGAACCAGAGCACAUAGAGCUUCUCGAAAGCAUCGCCAAACUGACGCCGAGUCGGAAGCCCACCCCAACGUCGACACGAGCUAUGCAACAACUCCACUGGGACGAGCAACUGUCUUUUCUUUCUCAGCAUUCGGACUUCAGAGUCCAAGUCGAGUAUCUUCUCUGUCAGUCACAGCAAUAUUCACUGUUUCAUCCGCACGAGGAUGAUGCGAAACUACCCAAGCUCAAUCUGGUUGAUCAAGAUCUGCUCGAAAGGGGCCAGAUACGUUCGGCAAUGUUCCUCGUCGAUGGGUUUGGAGCUGAGAAGUACACACGAAACUAUGACAGGAUAUAUGCUGGAAGGGAUGUCCACCUUGACCCAGACCGAAGCCAGCGCGCCGCCAUCAUCACUACUAUGGUACUACGCAAACAAGUAGCUCUGGUCCGCAAGAUCGAGAGUCUGCAACUUUCCCUCCACACCAAGCACCUUAAAAAUGCCUCGGUGCAGGGCUACGUUCCACUAGAGCCAACAAGCCUUAAUUUUGUCGCCGAAUGGCUCGAGGAGCCUAGUAGCUAUCUCCCUCGGCUUUGGUGCUCUUUGCACUCCGCGCUAUCAGAUACUUCUGGUCCUUUCAACAAGUUUGUCGUCGCAAUCUUUUUAUCGACCGUAGCUUUCGCUAAAGGUGCCGAUAUGGAUGUGGUUCAGACCCUGGCAGCGUUUUACAAAGAGCCGAAGAUGAUGUCUAUCACCAUACCCCAGAUCUCCGAGAUCAACCUGAGUAAAGGGCAUGGUCCUAAAGUAUCCGAUAUUGAAAGAAUCGUCCAUGGCAACAGGAGGCCCUUCGAACAGUGUCCAGAAUACGAUCUACCACAGCAGCCUGAGGAAUCCGUGUUAGCUUGGCGAGCUAGGAGGAACAAGCAAUUCUCUAAAACCCAGCAGGAUGCGAUAAAUUCUUUCUCGCUCGAUUCAUGGCCAGAUGCGGGUACAUACAUCAACAUCAAGGCCGCCAUGACAGAGCUUCGCGUCCAAUGCAAGAUCUGGUUCGAGAAUCGUCUAUUCUGUGACUACACGCAAAGGAUCACGAAUGCUGUGGAAUCUAUGGAUGUUGCAGGCCUACCUACACUAUGCAUUCAGUCAAUCAUCCCUUCGUCUAAGACCGUCGAGAGUGACUCGAGUUGGUCUUUUAGCAUCAGAGAUAUUUUCGCUUUGAAGCCACCAUCUCCAGCACGGAAUUCGUGUAAGUACGUUACGUUCAUUCACCGUGUUAAGGCCAAUAGAAAAAUAGCACGCGCACAAACCACGCUAUCCUGGCCAAAGCCGCCGAAGCUCAGCAUUCCGACGGUUAAUACCAAGCGCAGCGGAUCCUUGCCAGAUGACGGUCUGAGUCAGCUCUGUGACAGUCUGGAUGAGGCAGCAAAAUCCGAGCCAGAAAGGCAAUAUGUUACCGAUCUCCGCGACAGUCGCGAUGCUCUCGAGGCCGGGCAAGAACAGGUUGAGAUUGUGAUGAGCGAAUUGAACAAUGAUCUGGGAACCAUCUUGCAAAAGCAUCACGACGAUUGCAAACAUCAUCUUCAAGAGGUACAGUCGGUACUUGAGAAUGUCGUCAAGACCAGCGAUGAUGUCGGCUGGUUCAUCGGUCAUCGGCCCCGGGUCCCUCCCACAUUUUGGGUGGGCCAACUCAAGAAAGAUUGUCAUGACAAGCUUUCCCGAGACUGGAAGAGGGCCAUCAUUGACACUGGGCUUGCAGUGACGGAGCUCCAUCGAGCUCGCAGACUCGUGCAGGUUUUCCUUCAAGAUCCGACGGAACUCGCUCGAGAGCUAUUUCAGAAAGGCCACACAAACUGGAGUCCAGCUAAAUUCCCCGAGACUUUGCUCAUGGAGAUUGAGGGCGGCUUCAUGGUACGAACAGUACAAGAAGACAUUGCUAAGCAAAUGAGAGAAUGUCUGCAAGGCCAGAACUCAGUACUACAGCUCAAUUGUGGCGAGGGGAAAUCCUCCGUCAUUCUCCCAAUGGUUGCGGCUGCAAUGGCGGACAAAAAAAGCAACCUGGUUCGAGUUAUCGUGGGGAAGCCACAAUCAAAGCAGAUGGCUCAUAUGCUCAGAAGUAAGCUCGGCGGUCUUCUCAAUAGGCGUAUCGCCUAUAUGCCGUUUACCAGGGCGCUCAAACUUACCGCUUCCAACGUGAAUGACAUCACCAAGAUAUACAGUGACUGUAUGCAAGAGGGAGGUAUUCUCGUUGUACAGUCGGAGCACAUCCUGUCCUUGAGACUGAUGUGUAUUGAGAGCCUAGUCAGUGGACACAGCGACCUUUCCCUACCCCUUCUGGAACUCCAAGAAUUCUUCGACGGCACCUCUCGCGACAUUGUCGACGAAAGUGACGAACAAUUUAGUGUGAAGUUCGAAGUGUGCUACACCAUGGGCAAACAACACCCGAUUGAAUUGAGUCCAGAACGCUGGAGAUUCGCACAAUCUAUGCUGUCUAUGAUAAAGAGCUUGGCACCUCGGAUCAGGAAGAAGCUAGGGGAUUCUCUUGAACUUCUUGAAAUGGGAAAAGGAAGGUUUCCUCGCGUGCGCCUUCUCAAGGCAGAUGCAGAGGAUAUGUUGUUGGACCUACUGGCGCAAAAUGUCUGCAGGACACAGCGCCCACCUCUCUCAAUAGCACGAUUGCCGCCGACGCUAAGAGAAGCGGUGUAUCACUACAUCAGAGAUGCAGAGCCAUCUGCUGAGCGAGUCAAAAUGGUUGAAGAAAGUGACUUCUUCAGCGAAUCUGUCAGAGGCCCACUGCUCCUCAUCCGAGGAUUAAUCGCUGGGGGUAUUGUACGCUUUGCUUUAGGAUCUAAGCGGUGGCGGGUCAAUUACGGCAUAGAUCUCCACCAACCACCAAGGACAAAGCUUGCGAUACCGUACCAGUCAAAAGACAACCCUUCUCAACAUUCAGAAUUUAGUCAUCCGGACGUCGUUAUCAUUCUGACGACUCUCUCCUAUUACUAUGGGGGCCUUGACGAAGAAGAUCUUUUCAACGCCUUCGCGCAUCUUUUGCGAUCAGAUCAGAGCGAGGAAGAGUACGCGAAUUGGGUUUCAAACCAAGAUGAAUUGCCGGAACGGUUUCACAACUUAAAUGAUAUCAAUAUUGAAGAUCGGCAUCAAUGUGAGACAGAAAUCUUUCCUUAUCUCAGAUACUCAAAAGCAGCAAUCGACUAUUACCUGGGGCAUAUUGUGUUUCCCAAGGAAGCAAGGCAGUUUUCCCGCAAACUCUCUGCUUCAGGGUGGGAUACCGCCGCAGUCAAGACGAACCCUACCACUGGGUUCAGCGGCACGAACGAUGCUCGGGACCUGCUUCCAUUGACUGUUCAACAAUUAGACCUGGAGCCGCAGAAGCAUACAAAUGCUAUGGUCCUGCUUCAGCACAUUCUCGAGCCUGACGGCUCCCAACCGCAAAACUCAGUCCAAUUGGUUCCACGGAAGGAUACCACCACAAGCGACCAUUCAGAUGGGGAAACCCUACUCACGCUGGUGAACUCAAUGAGCGAACCGGUUCGAGUGUUACUGGACGUUGGGGCACAAAUUCUCGAUUUGAGCAACCAACAGGUCGCUCGUACUUGGCUAGCUAUGUCACACGUCGAUACGGUAAAGGCUGCAGUUUUCUUUGGUAACGACGAAGAGCUUCUUGUUGUCGACCGACGUGGUAGAGUGGAAACUCUCCAGACAUCUCCCCACCUGAAACGAUUGGACGAAUGUCAUGUGUUCUUUGACGAGGCACAUACACGAGGAAUUGACAUGUGCCUACCCAAGCACUAUCGAGCAGCAGUAACUCUUGGGGCGAAUCUUACCAAGGACCGACUCGUUCAAGCUUGCCUAAGAAUGCGCAAACUGGGAAAAGGUCAAUCGGUUGUUUUCCUUAUCCCUGAAGAGAUUCGGACCAAGAUACUCGAUUGCACAUCUAAAUCAGUGGAUGACGAAAUUACCAUCUCCGAUGUCCUCGCGUGGACGAUAAAAGAGACAUGGGGUGACCUGAGCCGCAGUAUACCGUUGUGGGCCAGCCAGGGCCGUCGGUUUGAGACGCACAAGCAUCUGCUGCGCGGUACUGUUACCACGAGAGAGCAUGCAGAACAGUUUCUUGAAGAGGAAGCUCAGACUUUGGAGCAACGGUAUCGGCCCCGUUCAAUUACAACGGAUCUGGGUUCUCUGGGGUGGGAUAUGACAAACGAGAAUGUCCGAGAGAUUCUUGUUCGUUGCAAUGCCUAUGGGACUAUGAGUUUGAAUCCAGCUACGCUUGAAGAGGAACAAGAACGAGAGCUUGCGCCGGAAAUCGAGGAAGAGCGCCAAGUUGAUCGCCCUGCCCCAAUGUGUACCCAAGAGCACACGCCGGACAAGGACUUGGCUACGCUCGUCGAGAGCGGUACAUUCGUUACAGGUUCUAGGACGUUCAUGCCGGCAUUUAGAGCGCUAGCAGACACAAGCGCGGCCAAAAUCAUCGACCUUGGCCAAUUUCCUACCGAUCUGAUGGUCACUCAAGGCUACAUUCGUACCGUCAAGCCUCCCCCAGGGCUUUCCUCUGCUUCGCUUGUUUCUGAUUAUUACCACCUACCGGUCCAGUAUAUUUUGUCGGUCGUGAAGCUCAGGUCGUCCUCCAGAUCUCAGAACCUAGCGAACCUGAGGAAAGUAAAUGCAUUGGUCAUCAUCAGUGCUUUCGAGGCCGAUGAUUUAUUCGAUCGAAUUCGCAACUCAGUACAUGUCACACUGCAUACUUACGCGCCUCGGAUCAACCGGACUUACCAGCCUCUCGAUUCCCUGGAUCUAUACACUAUUGGUCGUCCUUUCAAUCCGGAAUUACCCAGAAGUCUGAUCGCUCAACUCAAUCUCUUUGCUGGACAGCUGUACUUCCGAUCCUACGACGAGUACGUAGAGAUGUGCGGUUUCCUGGGGCUCGCAUCUACUGCUACUGCUGAGGGGCAAGCCGUUCAGACGGAUGGUUUCAUAUUGCCGCCUGUUGGGGCAUGGAAGUUUCGUGAGAGUCCGGUUAGGUUCUUGAAGGACCUCAUUGUGAAGGUUCGGAGGGAAGGUGAGGCGAUCGACAAGACGCAUCUGGGGAGGAUGUUGGAGGGAGAGGUCCUGGAGAGGAGUGACUUUGAGUAA